CAGUCGACCCCCACAUAACACUCCUUUGACCGCCGCGGAUUCCGGUAUCGUUCGUGUUCAACUUUUGGUGUUGUCGCUGGUCCUGGCAAAAACACAUGAUGCUUGGAAAACUCAAGCCGAAUCCGACCAAGGACGACGACGUCUCCAUCCGCAACCAUGACCGCGACACCACCACCGAGGCCGCCACAGGCUCCGACUCGGACGACUUCCGCGCCAUCGACCCGAACAGCGGUGUCAAGCGCGGCCUCAAGACCCGCCACCUCUCCAUGAUGGCCCUGGCCGGCAUCAUCGGCCCCGGCCUGCUCAUCGGUGCCGGUGGCGCCCUCUCCGCCGGCGGGCCCGCUUCCCUGUUGAUUGGCUUUGCUGUCAUUGGCGUUAUCGCCUUCUCCAUCAUGCAGAGUCUCGGCGAGCUGACGACGCUGUAUCCGACCGGUGGCGCGUUCACCGCACUGAGUGAUCGCUUUGUGGAUAAGGCUUUUGGCGUGGCCGUCGGGUGGAACUAUUACAUUGUGUGGUUUUGCGUGUUAGCGAACGAGUACAAUGUCAUUUCGAGCAUCAUGGUUUUCUGGAGCGACAAAGUGCCUAUCUGGGGGUAUUUUCUUCUCUUCUGGUUCGCGUUUCUGGGUUUCCAACUGCUGGGCGUGGAAACGUUUGGAGAGGCCGAGUUCUGGUUGGCAUUGAUUAAAAUUAUCGGCCUGAUCGCCUACUUCCUCUUCAGCAUCAUCUACGCAUCCGGCGGCGUAAAAGGGGCUGACGCCAUCGGCUUUCGGUACUGGAACGACCCAGGUGCUUUCGCCGACGGCUUCAAGGGCGUCGCCUCCGUCUUUGUUUUCUGCAGCACAUUCUAUGCCGGCGUUGAAUCCGUCGCGGUGGCAGCCACCGAAACCAGGAACCCCGGCUACGCCGUGCCUCUCGCCAUUCGUCAAGUCUUCAUCCGCAUCGUCGUCGUCUACAUGGGCAGCGCCUUCUUCUUCGGCUUGACUUGCCCCGCGAACGCCCCCGACCUAAUCGGUGGCAGCAGCCGUGCCCUGCGCAGUCCAAUGACGAUAGCCCUUCAAAACGCUGGCUGGGAGGGCGGUGUCCACCUCAUCAACGCCUUCAUCUUUGUCACCUGCGUAAGCGCCGUCAACAGCUCCAUCUACAUCGGCAGCCGCACGCUCCUGUUCAUGGCGCAGGACGGCAAGGCGCCCAAGUUCCUGGGCUGGACCGACAAGCGCGGCGUGCCCAUCCCGGCCAUCGUCUUCACCAACCUCUGCGGCGCCCUCAGCAUGAUGAACGUCAGCACCGGCGCCAGCCAAGCCUACAGCUACAUCGUCAACCUCAGCGGCGUCUCGACAUUCCUCGUCUGGGGUGCUAUCAGCUUCACUCAUAUCCGCUUCCGCGCCGCGUGGAAGGCACAGGGCCACACUGAGAGCGAGCUGCCGUUCGUGUCGCUGUGGUAUCCCUACAACGCCUACUUUGGGCUCUCGGCCAACUUGUUCUUAGCCCUGAUCCAGGGGUGGGCGACAUUUGCGCCGUUCAACGCCGGGUCGUUUGUCGAUGCGUACAUUUUGCUGCCGCUUUUCGGCGUCAUUUAUAUCGUGUACAAGCUGAUAUUCAAGACAAAGCUGUGGAAGGCGCAUGAAAUUGAUCUGCAGUCCGGGAGGCGGAGGGAUUUGGAUGAGGCGAAGCAGCCAGAACCGGGACAGCAAGCGGGUACGAAAUGGUGGAAUAGGGUUUUCAAGAGCGUAUGAUGUGGAUAUGAGUUUUAUGAUGCCGUUUUGGUUGGGAUACCCUUUGGAUAGUGGAAUGUGCGGCGUCGGAAGUGUUACGCCUGAAUCUAAUUCGGAUUUUCUCAGCUCAUUUAGCUGACAGAAGUGCGGCGGUGAUGUUACUAACCAGAACAGAGAAAACCAGUCUGCGAUUGAACUCUUCAACUGG